AAAAAAAAAAAAAAAAAAAAGAGCAACAAGUCAGGGGGGAAAAAGAGACCCUGCCAACACCCAGCUCACCAACUCGCCGUCCAACGCCCUUGCAAACACCUCCACAGGUAUUCGUACCCAGAGGGAGUCGGCGGUCGGUAACGAGGCGCCUUGGGUGCCUUUACUGCUCGACUGGGUUUGGCAUCUUGCUUCCCAACUAGCCACCAUCAUCAUGAUAGUGUGAUGCAGCGACCAGACAUCCUCGGCGAUCCGAAUCUGUCCCCUGAUGCCGGCUCUGGAGCGGUCGGCGGCCGUGCUGGAACCAUGCAGCUUUGGCAAGGCCCUCUCCGCCGUGAGGAGCAGCCGCAAGCUCUACACAUCUUUCUGGCGGCACGGCGCCGCCGACGUCGAGUUCUCGCCCGCAUGGCAGGCACUCGCCGCUCCCACCCCGCCAGGUGACGCCACCCCCCAUGUCGCCGCAGUCUCGUCCCUCCCCGCGCGCCGGGACGCGCCCCUCAUGGCCUCCGUCUUCCUCUUCGACUUCCUCUACCCCCAAGGUGCCCGGUCCCUGCUACAGCGGCCCUCGCCCGGACCCCUCGCUUGCUUCCUCGACAGACACGAACUUCCGAGACCCAGAUCCGUGGCUAAGGCGGCCGCUAGGGCAUACUCUUCUAGCGCCGACUCGGAUGAGCAGCCCCCGGAGCCAACUAAGCCGGACAAGGAAGGCGAAGAGGCGGCACCUCCGGAGGAUAGCAGCGAAGACCCAGCACAACCAGCACAACCAGAAACUCCCAUCAACAUUGCCUUCCCGAUACACGCGCUGCGAAAUGUGAUCAAGGGGCAGCAACCUAUCCAGAUCUACGGGAGGGAGGUGACAGCAGCCGAGCGGGAGGAAGAAGCGCUGGGCGUCUCGGGCGGCGCGCUAAGAGCGGAGCUUAGAGAGGGUGCCCGCAAACCCGACUCCCCCCCAGCCGAUGUCGACGACUCCAAGAGCGCCGAAAGCAUCGAGGCGUUUGAGCAGCUCUGGGAAGACUACAUGGCUCUUCCCGACGAAGAGAAACUUGGCCGUCGUCCCGGUCUCAUAUCCGCUCUCGGCAAGUCCCGACGACUGACCGAGGCUUGGCGCAUUUCGGAGCUUUUCCAUGAGAUUGCUGAGGAGGCGUGGACAGCCGAUUCUGUGGCUGCCCUGAUCAGAUCCGAGAUCAGUCUUCAAAACACCCCAGAAGCGGUCAGAGUAUUCAAGGCUUGGGCAUCCCGAGGCCAUUCACCCUCCGGUUUCGGCUCUCUCGCAUCUAGAUUUCUUGGCAUAUCAUCAUGGUCUGAUCUUGAGGACAUUUGCGCCUUCUGCCUGGGCAUCCCUGCUGCGCAAGACUUGGAAGAGCCCGCGGUUGAGCAGCCUCCUCCGGAGGAAACGGCAGUCGACAAACAUACCUCUGACUUUCUUGCCGCCAUGGGCGAAGCUACCCCUGAACCGCCCGGGGUCGGCGCGGAGAAAGUCCUACACGCCGACUCCGAGGAGAGCCCGCACAGCCGUCAGAACAGCAUCGACGAGAUUGGGUCCGAGAGGAAGCUGAAGCUCGAUCAAGUGGACAUUGAUGAGAUCGGCUCGACCCCCGACUUGCUUGAAAAACUCAGCCAGCUCUAUGUAUUCGUGCAUCAAGGGACAGAGUCGCCUCGGACGAAAGCUGCUCUGGGCCCUCUGCUGUCGGGUGCCGUGAGUUGGUUUCUAAGUCGGUUUCCAGCCGAGACGGCAAUGGCCGUGGUAAAACACUACGGCAACCCGCUACUAUACGAACAGUUUAUCCGCUUGACCGUCAAUCGAGGCCAGAAGGCCCUGGCGACGUAUGCCUAUUUCUUAUAUCGCGAACUUCCCGGGGUCAAGAUAAGAAUUCCGAUCAUACACUUGAUGAUCGACGGAGUCUUCAGGCCGAAUGGCGACGCGCGGAGGAUGGAGACGGUUCUCCAGGACUGGCGCUCCCGCUACGACCACCUGGACCGUUGGGGGUACAAGAAGUAUCUUUCGCUCUAUGCCAUGACAGGCAACAUACGCUCCUUUGAGGCGAUGCAGAAGGAGUUCCUGUCCCAUUACCCGGGUGAGCACGCCAUGGUCCUUCCUUACCUGAUGCGGAUCAACGGGAUCCUGGGCCGGACGCAAGCGGUGGAAAGGAUCAUCGAUGUUAUGGAGCAGCGCUACCACGUGAAGCCAACAACGGCACACUUCAACAUCCUCCUCAGUUCAUACGCAAAAAAGACCGACAUGCAGGCUGCCGCAACCGUAUUUUCCCGCCUCUGCGAGGUGGCGACGCCGGACGAGCAAAGCUUUGCAGCCAUCAUGAGCGUUCUAGGCCGCACGGGAGACCUCGAUUUCUUACAGCGGCUCGAGCAAAUGGCUAGGUCACGAGGGGUGCAGAUCACUCCCGAAAUGCGAGCACAUAUCAUAGAUGCGUACUGCCAAAACGGCUACUUCGCCGACGCGCUGGAUCUGUGCACCUCUGCCACCAAGGCAGCCGGCUCACGGCUCUCCAAAAAGCGGGCGGCCGAGGUAAGGCACAUGUGGCACACGCUCUUGGUGCACUAUGGCAAAAAGCGUGACUUGAAGGCAGUCCACCGCACCCUCAAGCUCAUGACAGGGUUCGAGGUGCAGUUCGACCAAUGGACCUACUCGCACCUACUGAUGGCCCUGGCCUACUGCCGCCAGGCUCAUCACGCCCUGCACCUGUUCCGGGCCGGCAUCGUCGAGGGGUUCCUGAGGCCCAGUGCGAAACACUUCCUGACGCUCAUGGUUGCCUUCAUCGAGUCUGGGGAGCCACAUAUGGUGUUGAGAGUCGAUCGGCUCAUGGACCGACUAGAUUUGCCCCCGUCGGCCGAACGCACGCUGCGGAAGAUAUCAGCCCGGCUGCAGUGGGAUCGGCAGCCUCACUUCCAGCAACAAAAGCCAGACCCGGACGUGAACUUUUCUGACGCGCUUGCCGAUCUACUCACGCUGCUGCAGCAACAGCCGCCUCCGGUAGAGAUGCCCAGCACUACAACAAGCUCAGGGGCUUCCGAUCUUGCAACGAUGUCGGAAAUUCAGGAUGACCUCCUUGCCGGAGUUCUGAUGUUCGCCGUCAAGCAGGGCAAGGACGGGGCUGUGCGCAAGCUUCUCGAGGCGUUCAACAAGAACGCGGCGCGCGGCGCAGGAGGCCAAAACCGCGGAGCGAUCCGUACCCUGGAGGCCGUCAUGUUGCACGAGCUAGGCAAGGGGCGGUUGGAUAAUGUGAAGGCUACCUGGGAUGCCCUGUUCGACAUGGCGUGCAAGAUGGGCCGCCCCCUCCCGUCACUGGGACGGAUGAGGCGCACCAUUCCUACGGACGAUUCGGGAGAGGGCCAGGUCAAAGUCCUACCCGCUUUCCAAUAUCUGCUCACGAGGGGCUUCAACACGAUGCUCGAGGUCCUCAAGGCCGAGAAGGACGGCGAGGGCAUCGUGGAGCUGCUGGGCCUCAUGCUGGACGAGGGCUUCAGCCUGACGGGCCGCUCCUGGAACUACUACGUCCAGGCCCUCGCGCAUGCGGGCAAGGUGCACGAGGCCUUUGUGGUGUGCGAGGAGAUGUUGAUGCCCAACUGGACCGGCUGGUACCAGGUCCGGCUCGCCGCGCGCGAGGUGGACCCCAAGCUGCCCUCGGACCUGCGCCGGCUGGGCACGGCGCCCGAGCACCGCCGCCCGACCUCCUUCACCUUUGUCGAGCUGCGGCUCCACUACAAGGACCUGCUCCGCCGCGCCAUCUGGUACAAGGAGACCGAGGCGGAGCUGGCAAAGGUCGAGCGCGACGCCGCCAGCACCAUCAAGGCCAUCCGGACCAUGAGGCGACCCCAGGACCCGCGCGAGAUCGCUCAGCGGUACGGCCUCGACGAGCUGGACGAGUACGCCGACGCGCCCCCCGAGGGCGACGAGCACGCCGACGCGCCGCCCGGGGGCGAAGCCGAGUCGGACGACUGGGAGGAGUUCUUGCGCGGCCCGGUGGCGGCCAGGCAGAAACCCCGUCCGCAGGAGCAGGGCUCCGCUGAGGACCCAGGGGGCGAGCAAAAGAUCGAGGAGCUGCUUCGGCUCGUAGAAGAUGGGAAGAAGGCGCCUUUGGACGGGGAGUGAGGCGCGGAGGCGGCUAACCGCUUGGGGCUUCAGGUGCAGGGAGCCGAGCAAAGCCACUGGAAGUUGGAAGCGUCGCGUACACCACUUCGCCCAGUUAGACCUGUAUGUAAACUGUACAUUUCACGGGCAUAUUGUUACGAUAUAGACAUGAUUUUUAAGUUGCUUUCAUAAUCCACGCAACUUCGCCAUCAGAAAUAUGUAGGUAUGUACGGAUAACAGAUACAUGGUCCAUAUGCGAAGGGAGGUGUAUUAGAAAAGCUCAAAUCCAUCCCGUUGAUAAUGUAUACAAAUUUCCAAGCCCAGGCGAUUUGACCAAGAGCUGGAUG